UUGGCGGUGCUGUGUUUCUGCUUUGACAGGAAAAGAAUGUUGUGUUAAGCGGGAAGCCACAGCUGGAACAGACGGUUUAGCGCGGAGAUGAACCCACAUGACGUCAGCAGGAAAAACCCUCCAGGAUUGGACGCGUUCACCGUGCUGGCGGCCAGAUUGCGACGUGAAAGAGUGCGAAGGAUUUCAUGACUUUACAUCGGCAAGAGGAUGCCCCUCGUCAAGGUGGUCGUACUGGGCGCCCCCGCCGUCGGCAAGACAUCUCUCAUCCACCAGUUCGUCUGGAGCGAGUUCAGCGAAGUCUACGUGCCGACGGACACGCGCCGAACCUUCCACCCAUCAGUCAUCGUUAACGGACGUUUGUACGACCUGCAAGUGAGCGACCUCCCGGUAGUACCUUACUUCCCGGCCAAUUCAUUCUACGAGUGGUCAGACUUUCGUUACUACGGCUUACGAAGUGCCUCCGCGUACGUCCUGGUCUUUGACCUCAACGCUCCAGAAACUUUCCAAUACGUCAAGAACAUGCGUGAACAAAUCUUCGAGUCGAGGAAUAUGCAGGGCGUCCCAGUGUUUGUUGUGGGGAAUAAGCACGACCUAGGAGAACCGAGAGAACACCGUGAGGUGGCCGGGCUAGUGAAGAAGCACUGGCGUUGUGGUUACGUCGAGUGCUCCGCCAAGUACAACUGGCACGUCAUGUCCUUGUUCCGGGAGAUAGUGAGGGCACUCGACGACUUCGGUGGUCUCGGGGCUCGCGGCGUAGGUGACGGCGGAGCGAGGGACCGGUGUAGGAUUCUCUGACAUCAACGUAGUGACUGUGCAUGACUAAGGCCCGGUUUCACCAACACUGGUUAACAGAGAUUAACACUCAAUUCUUCUUUACAAACGUUAGUUGGUGACGUGAUGAAUGUUUCAAUGAUAAGAACUCCCUUUAGUGAAGCAGAAUUAAGCGUUAAAUUCAAGAUAAGGGACCAUUAAUGUAAAUGUUAAUUGGCGUUGGUGGAACCGGGCCACAUGGCUCAGUUUCACCAACGCUGGUUAUGUUUGAACCGAGAUUAAGGGUCGCUAAAUUCUGAGCAACGUUAGUGACGUGUUCAAUGUUUCAGUUACAAUAACUACCCCCUAGUGAAGCAGAGUCAAAUUGAGGGACCGCUGAUCUCGGUUCAAAUGUUAAUCGGGGUUGGUAAAACUGGGCUUAAAUGUUAGAAUGAUUGAUGAGAUGCGACUUGUAGUGGAACAUUUCUGUGUACAUAGCUAGCAUAUAGCGCCGAAAGGUAGUGUAGAUGAAUUUCUAUGACAUCGAGAUACGGAACUGAAAAUGCCAUUAUCGUAUUAACCAAUUUCAAUACAUUAGACGCCGUCUUCUGUUUCAUUCAUAUAAAUGAAAGUGCAGUCGUGCGGUUCAGCGUCUUCACGUUCUGCUCU